UCCCAGAGUGGGGCACAGCGAGGCGCUAGGGGGAACGCUGGCCUCUGAAACUAGCUCUGGGACCGGGGUCUGCGGCCGGCCCCUAGCUGGCCCCAUCUCCCAUCCCCAGAAGGGUAUUCACUGGGGAUUCUGAUCUUUGGCUGCUCCAGUUUCUCACGAACGACACAAUGUUCCCUUUCUACAGCUGCUGGAGGACUGGACUGCUACUGCUACUACUCCUGGCUGUGGCAGUGAGAGAAUCCUGGCAGACAGAAGAAAAAACUUGCGACUUGGUAGGAGAAAAGGGUAAAGAGUCAGAGAAAGAGUUGGCUCUAGUGAAGAGGCUGAAACUACUGUUUAAUAAAAGCUUUGAGAGCACUGUGGGCCAGGGUUCAGAUACAUACAUGUACAUCUUCAGAGUGUGCCGGGAAGCUGGCAACCACACUUCUGGGGCAGGCCUGGUGCAAAUCAACAAAAGUAAUGGGAAGGAGACAGUGGUAGGGAGACUGAACGAGACUCACAUCUUCAACGGAAGUAAUUGGAUCAUGCUGAUCUAUAAAGGGGGUGAUGAAUAUGACAACCACUGUGGCAAGGAGCAGCGUCGUGCAGUGGUGAUGAUCUCCUGCAAUCGACACACCCUAGCGGACAAUUUUAAUCCUGUGUCUGAGGAGCGUGGCAAAGUCCAAGAUUGUUUCUACCUCUUUGAGAUGGACAGCAGCCUGGCCUGUUCCCCAGAGAGCUCCCACCUCAGUGUGGGUUCUAUCUUACUUGUCACGUUUGCAUCACUGGUUGCUGUUUAUGUUGUUGGGGGUUUCCUAUACCAGCGACUGGUGGUGGGAGCCAAAGGAAUGGAGCAGUUUCCCCACUUAAACUUCUGGCAGGAUCUUGGCAAUCUGGUAGCAGAUGGCUGUGACUUCGUCUGCCGUUCUAAACCUCGAAAUGUGCCUGCAGCAUAUCGUGGUGUGGGGGAUGACCAGCUGGGGGAGGAGUCAGAAGAAAGGGAUGACCAUUUAUUACCAAUGUAGAUUGCACUUUAUAUGUCCAGCCUCUUCCUCAGUCCCCCAAACCAAAGCUACACAGCCAGAUUUCCCAAGCAGUCUCAACUCCAGUCCGUCAUCUCACCCUUACUAUUGCUCUUGCUUUCCAGUUUGCUUUUGAUUUGCAUCUUCUCACUAGUAAAACUGCCUUCCCUUUGUUCCUUAUUUUCUGUUUUUUCUCUAGAGAGGUACAGUUGUAAGUCAGAGUUAAUAUAAUAGGGCCUGUGAAAAUAGAGGCUUUUGCACUGUCUCUUGACAUCAGAAGGUACAAUAGGCAUAUGGGCAAAAUGGUGUGGCAGGCUCACUGGCCCUUUGUUUUUUAAACACAUUUUCACAAGUUUUUGAGACACUGGAUUUCUUUAAUUUAAAAAAAUGCCAAGAAACGUUA